GUGACGUCACGCGGAGCUGUCCCUCAGCACCGGGCCGAGCCGGUCGGGCUCUGGCGGGUCGGGUUCGAGACCGGGGCGCGCAGGAGCAACACCAUGAAGCAGCACCCCCUGCUGGUGACGGGGAGGGAAUGGGGAGCCUGAUGUCAUCUUGAAGACCCUGCAGAGCCAUGACGUCUACUGUACAGACCCUGCGUUUUUCACUGCUGCCGCACGCACCAGACCUAGACCGGACGCACAGCUGUGAUGUGGAGAUUGAGCGGCGCUACCAGGUGGUGCCCUCAGUAGUGUGUGCCAUGUGCUGCCUCUUUGGGAUCAUCUAUUGCUUCUUUGGAUACCGUUGCUUCAAGGCAGUGAUGUUCCUGACAGGGCUGAUGUUCGGCUCAGUUAUCAUCUUCAUGCUGUGCUACAAAGAGCGAGUGCUGGAUACACAGCUGAGCGUGGAGGCCUCCGUGGGCAUCGGUCUGGGCAUUGGGGUGCUCUGUGGGCUGGUCACCAUGCUGGUGCGCAGUGUCGGGCUUUUCAUGGUGGGGCUGCUACUGGGUUUGCUGCUGGCUGUGGCCACAUUGGUGGUGAUGGAGCAGUUCUACCACCCACCCACUGUCUGGAUCCCUAUUGGCUUGCUGCUAGGUGUGGGUAUGCUGUGCGCUGUGCUUACUUUGCAGUGGCAGCGCCUCUUCACCACACUCUCCACUGCUGUUUUUGGCAGUGCUGUCAUGACAGCCACUGCCGACUACUUCGUCGAGCUCUUCCUGCUGCUGCAGUAUGUCUAUGAACGCGUCAAGGUGGCACCUGCUCGGCCCAUCUGCUGGUACAGCUGGGUCAUCCUAGGUACUUGGCCUGUCUUGGCAUUGUUGGGCAUCCUGGUGCAGUGGAAAGUCACCGCUGAGGGAUACUCGCACACAGAGGUGAUUAUAAGCCGGCAGCAGCGCCGUGUCCAACUAAUGCGUAUCAAGCAACGGGAAGAGCGCAAGGAGAAGAAGAAGAAGCGACGACCACAUCCUCACCCCCACCUGCAACAUAAGGCCCAUCCACCAGAGCCAGCCUACCGUCGAAAGCCUAACCCUGUGCGCCGUUUCGAUGGAGAUGUGCUCUCCCCGAGCUAUAUACAGAGCUUUCGGGAGCGGCAGACAGGCUCUUCUCUCAACAGCCUCCUCGCCAGCGCCCAUGCGGCCAUCGACAUGGACUAUGACUGUGGUUCUACUGUGCCCCUGACAACGGGAUCCGGCCCUGCCAUGCGGGUAUAGUCCAGCAUCUCCUACAAGGAUGCUGUCCCCCAUGGUCACACGGAUCUGGCUGUGUGGAUAUCUCAGCACCUGUGCUGCCAUCAGGACUUGCAGAUAUUCUCUCCCCUGGCAUUCGUGGGUUUGGCCUGGACAUACAGAUGCAGUCCAGCAUCUCUCAACCUGCAAGUAUAUGUGGAAAUCUUCCCCAUUGCUACAUUGGCUCUAACCAAGCUACUGUGAAAAUAGAAGCAAAGGAGGAGUUUGAGCAUGUGCAUGGGGUAAAGGGCUGAAGAGAGACCUGGUUGCAACCCACCCAGGCAGAGCCUGUGGAAUGCAGGACUCAAGGUGGAGGGUAAAUACUGCCUCAGGAGGCCAGAAAGGAAAGACUAGAUCAUCUGCACCCACCCUCACGAAAACGACAAGAAACUGCCAACAUUCCCCACCCACGUCUACUGGAUGUUCUUGUGGUGACCUGCCACACAACGGACCCAGUCCUUGUCCUGGAGCUUGUCUUUUUGUGAACUGACUUCAAGGACCAUCUUAGGGGCACGAGAGCCAUUAUGAACUGAUGGUGGCAGGAUUGGAUUCAGUUUACUCCAGUCUGGCUGGAGCUAGCCAGCUCAGGGAAAUGGGGUCCUUUGGCCCUGGGCCCCUAGCCCGCACCAGUGCCUGGCAUUCUGUUUAAAUGGGCAUCUUAAGGAGGGAGGGGAAGAGGGUGGGCACUGGCACCUGGGCCACCGGGGCUGGGCUGCAAAAAUGUCAAAAGUGUGCAAGUGUGAGUGUGUGUGGCAGAGCUGGAGUAUGUAUGGACAUUCUGGCUGGUAUCCAGGCAGCAAGCCUUUUGAUGUCCCCUUUCCCCUCCCAUUACCUGCUGCCCGGCUUCUCAUCCUGGAAUGGGGGGGCCUGGGGGGAGAAAGGGGUGCAGGUGGGGAAUACCCAUGUACAUAUUCUUCUUGCCGUUAUUUGUAUUAAUUUAUUAUUGACAAAGCUGGGCCUGAGGAGCUCUGCUGGACCCAGAGGGACCGUCAGAAGUGGGGACGCAGAGAGAGGAAUAGAUUUCUUCUCUCCCCGAAGGCCUAUACUUGUGCUCGCCUUUUCUUCCACCUGUUCUCACAGAGCUAAAGUAUGAACAUGUGCAGGGAGUAAGCGGUGUUCCUCUGCACAGCCAUCUAUUAAAGCUUACGGUUUUGUUUACUUGUCAUCCCUCUGAGGGAUGUCAUCUCCAUCUUUAAAGGGACGGAGGGGAGAAUCUAAUCAACCUGUGACAGGAUGGGGAGUGGGAGAGGAUCCAGCACAGCUCAGCAAAGCCUUUCUUCCAUGGGGAAACUGCAUGUUUCUAUCACCAAUUGCCACUGUUGUCACCACAGAAAACCUUGCACUCUUGGGUUGUUGUUUUUUUCUUGUUUUGUCUCUUUUUUGUAUAUGUGCCAAAUGCUGCCGGGCUGCGGCAGUGCAAGUUUAAAAAAAGCCUUUCA